GGAAAGAAAUAAUGUUGGCUGGCAGAAAAACCCUAAACCCGAAAAACCAAACCGAACGACCAGACCCGUUUCCAGAUCCAUUUCUUCUUCCCGCACGAGGACUGAGCGAGCAGACACGAUGACCACGGAAACGGACGACUCCACAACUGUGCGGCGGCGCGUGUCCUGCACAAAAUGCUUCGACGCUUUAUGGUUCUGCUACUCACCAUUUUACCAAAUGCAGCAGUAUUACCGGGUUGGAAAACUUGAUGAUUGUACUAAGAAGUUCUCUGAUCUCUUUGAUUGUCUUUCAUUAAAGACCAAAACAGCUUCUGAAGCCGAGAAAAUUAUGGAAGAGCAAGAGCAAGCAGAAGCAGCAAAACAUAUCUGGCUUAUGAGGACACAGGUAGAAGCUUCUACUCACUGGAACGAGACGUUUGGGCAUUUGGAUGAUCCAAAUUACUAGAAGUGCAGUCACACUCCAUACUUGAUUCUUGAUGGCAUUUUUACUUCCAAGAAACUCCUCUCUUUUUUUUUGCUAGAGAUCUGCAGAUUGUUCUGCUGCGGGAUAUGAAAAAAAGCUUUUUUGUCAUCUAUCAGUUACCAUGAAACAUUUUAAAGGGCUAUGCCUCAAAUCUUCCAAAGAAGCGCACCACGGAAAGAUGGAAGGGAUGUUGUGAGAUGAUCGUUUGAAUGUAUUCGGUAACUACAGAAAUAAAAUUCUUAUUUUCUAUUAAUAAAGUUGGAAAAUAUUAGACGUG